UGCGUGUUUCCGGAAGACGUGGCGGCUCUCGCCUGGGCUGCUUCCCGGCUUCAUUUCUCCCGACUCAGCUUCCCACCCUGGGCAUUCCGAGCUGCUGCCACCGCUGCCCUCGCCGCCGCAGCCAUGAUCUCCUUAACGGACACCCAGAUAUAGCUCUGUGCUGUGGCCCAGGAGGGCAGUGGAGGAUGGUCCAAGUGCUUGGGCCCUGCACCCGCAUGGGAGACCAGGAGGAAGCACCUGGCUCCUGGCUUCAGAUCCGCGUAGCUCCGGCCGUUGUGGCCAUUUGGGGAGUGAAUCAACGGAAGAAAUUGGAAUGGGAUUAACAGGAUUUGGAGUGUUUUUCCUGUUCUUUGGAAUGAUUCUCUUUUUUGACAAAGCACUACUGGCUAUUGGAAAUGUUUUGUUUGUGGCUGGCUUGGCUUUUGUAAUUGGCUUAGAAAGAACAUUCAGAUUCUUCUUCCAAAAACAUAAAAUGAAAGCCACUGGAUUUUUCCUGGGUGGUGUAUUUGUAGUCCUCAUCGGUUGGCCUUUGAUAGGCAUGAUCUUCGAAAUUUAUGGAUUCUUUCUCUUGUUCAGGGGCUUCUUUCCUGUGGUGGUUGGCUUUAUUAGAAGAGUGCCAGUUCUUGGAUCCCUCUUAAAUUUACCUGGAAUUAGAUCAUUUGUAGAUAAAGUUGGAGAAAGCAACAAUAUGGUAUAACAACAAGUGAAUUUGAAGACUCAUUUAAAAUAUUGUAUUAUUUAUAAAGUCCUUUGAAGAAUAUUCAGCACAAAAUUAAAUUUCGUGAAAUAGCUUGUAAUCUUCUUUACAGAAGUUUAAAACGUAGAGCCUGCAAAGUACCAACAGCAGUUAGCAGAGAAGCACUGAAAACGGGCUUCUCAUCAGGUGACCUGAAGUCAGCAAGCAAACUGAGGGAGAGGAAAUCCAUGUUCCAAUGUGUAGUCGAACUCUUGAAGGCUGUCUUUAUUGUUUCCUACCACGUAUGAAACACAGCCAUCCUCAGAGAACUGUGGUGCCUGUUUGUUGUUUUUUUGUUUUUGUUUUUGUUUUUUAAUUUGCAAGUUCAGAAGCACCCAUAGGCAUUUGCUUUUUAGAAAUGUCUACUGCAAUGGCAAAGAUAUUUCCAGUGCACCGUAUCUUUGAAAGUGUUGCAUGAGUUAGAUUGGAUUAUGUCAUUUUGAUGUAUUAGAACCAAGGAAAACCCAGUUUUCAUGUAUGAAUCACUUUUUUUUGUAAACAUGUGGUUAAAAUAAAAUUUUUGUGGUCUUUCUGAAUCUUAAUAUUUUACAGCCAGAUGAAAAUCUGAACACUCUAAUAGUCUUUUUGCGGGAAUAGGCAGAGUAUUAGUUCUGUUACUUUCUAAAUUGCAGCUGACUAAGCACUUUUCUGGUCAACCACACGCUCUGGAAGUAUGUAUACUUCUUUGGAUUAGGAUCUCCUGAGGAUCCUUCAUUACAUGUAAACAUUUAACAGAAAGCAUUUUCGACCAUGAAGAAGUCUGUUACAUAGCUUGUCUCAUUGAAUAUUCUUGUACUUAUGAUACCAGAUGAUGCAAACCAAGUCAAAUUUUUCUACAUCAUGAUGUGGUUUUUCUUCAUUCUUUUAUUUUUAUAAUUUUAGCAGUGGUUUUUUAUUUUGUUUUUAAUAAAUUAAAAUUAACUUUUGAUAAUGUUUACUUUAAGACAUAGCAUGCGAAAAAGUUAAACUUAACAACUUUUUUUUAAGGGCUGUUCAUUUAAUCUGAAUCUUCCUUUAUUUUCACCUUUUCAUAAUAUACAAAAGUGAGUAUGUGAUAUAUGUGUCAUAUAAUCAUUCUUUGGGUUAAGGAAAUUGAGAAAAUACUUAAGUUCACAUCCUAAAUUUAUUUUAUUAGAAUUAAACUAGCUAUGGUUUCCUAAAAACAUAACACUAAAAAAAAAAAAAAAAGGCGGGGGGUUGCUUAUUGGCAGCAAGAAACAGCAGUUGUUUAUUUUAUAAUAAAUGUAGGAACACAUUUCAGAAGCCACAGCACUAUUUGUUUUACCACUAAUGUUUGCACUAUUUAUUUUUUAAUACUUUAAAAGCUUUUUAAUUCAUAAAAUUAUAAUUGAAAUUUGUGGUAUGUAUUUACAAACAUGUCUACAAAAUAUUACAGCUUGUAUUAUCUUUAGUAAAUCUUUCAAUGCACAUAGAACUCCUAACCUUGCUCAUCUAAAGAAAGAAAGACUUGGUACACAGUCUGAUGGUUCAGUCUUGUGGAUUUCUGUCUUUUUUGGUACUUGCAUUUGACUUAAGAUGUAUCUGUGAAAAUGGUGAUACAUGGAGAUGCCUACCUCAAUAGUUCAUGGAAUAAGAGACCCAGUGUUGUGUCUAAUGUUCUUCAAAAAUUAGUAUCCUCACUUGGACAGUGUCAAAUAUAUUUACUUUGAGGGUUGACUUAUAUAAGGUGCCCUGUAAGGACUCUGUUAAACAUAGUCUUGCCAUAUCAUUUACAGUGGCUCAAUCAUUUUCAGAGUAAGAAGAGUUCUGUUGAUGUAAGGAACAUCUAUAUUGUUUCACUCCUUUGUAGACAUGAAUUUCUAAUAAAUUGUUCCUUGCACUGUAACAGAGAUCCCUUUUUCAACAAUCUUAUUUCAGAAAGCAUUCUUGGACUAGAAAGAAUUUAAUCAUCUUUUAGUCCUUAGCACCAUUAAGAGGCUGGAGCAGUUUUCAGUUUUAAAUGAGUCAAAUGUGUGUUUGGGACUGCUUGGCAGGACUGUAUAUUUCUUAUUCAGAACCCUUGAUAAGGCUCUAUUUUAAAAACAUUCUUCUGACAGAAAGCACUAUACAUCCUAUUGUUUCUUCCUUUCUAAAAUCAGCCUUCUUUGUGACAAAAAAAAAUGUACAUUGAUUAUUUCUAGAGAGAUGGAGGUAAAGGUCUAAUACUACUUAGCCUUAAGUGUUUCUGUCAUUGUUCAAAUGUAUUUUCUGUAACAGAAACAUCUGGAAUGUUUUUCCCCCUUAUAAAUUGUAAUUCCUGGAAUACUGCUGCUUUAAAAAGUCUCAUGGUCAGAUUAUAUAAUCUUAACAAUUGAAUAUUGUAAAUACACUUGUCUUACCUCUCAAUAAAAGGGUACUUUUCUACUAA